ACUGUGCACGCGCAGGGAGCAAGGUUGGAGAUGGGUUCGGAUUCGAACGCCCAGCAGAGGACGCUUGUGGAGACAUUUGACGUCCAUGAGGCAUUUUGCUGAGCGACGGCAACUUCAGCAGCCUUCUUCCUGAUGCGAGUAUGUCAGCAAGUCCCCGAAAGGAGACAACCCGAGAAAUGUGAACGCCGAGGAGGACGAGCGAGACGCGUCCAUUUCACGUCGCCGUCCAUGUCGUCGGAAAGCAGCUCGCCGCCGCCGUCGCCUUCGACUCCCGUCCCACCCGACGACCCGCCGGGCAUCCCUGCUCACGAUGUCUCCGCCCCCGGCGUCUCCUUCCUGCUCCAGAUUGGACUAACCCGGGAGCCGCUGACCCUGGACGCCAACGUCUCACUGUCGGCCGUCGUUGAGCUCAUCUGCGCCAUCCUCGACCACAAGUUCCCAGAAUGCGGCUUGACGCCGAUGCACGACAAGAUCCUGCUCUUCCGCCACGACCUGAACUCGGACAACGUCCUGCAGCGGGUCACCGCCGCCGAGGACAUCCGCGAGGGCGACCUGGUGGAGGCGGUUCUGUCGGCUCUGGCUUCAUCGGACGACUUGCAGACGUGGCCUCACGCGCUGUGCGUGCACUCGUACCGGGCGCCGGCCUUCUGCGAUCACUGCGGCCAGAUGCUGUGGGGGCUCGUACGCCAAGGCCUCAGAUGUGAAGGUUGCGGUCUGAACUUCCACAAGCGUUGCGCAAUGACAAUUCCAAACAAGUGCAGCGGCGUCAAGAGGAGGCGGGCCUCCAACGUCUUGCUGAGCGGCGCUCCCGCAUCUCUUCAGCGCCGACCGUCCGCCGAGGUCCCCAAACAGGAUGAGCAGCGCCCCCUCCUGGGCGCCAGGAAUCGUACGCACGGCCUCCGUCCGGCCUGGUUGGCCAAAACGGCCUCGGGGGGCGUCAAGGUGCCGCACACGUUCGCCGUGCACACGUACGCGCGACCCACCGUGUGUCAGCACUGCCAGCGUCUGCUCAAGGGUCUCUUCCGACAAGGCCUGCAGUGCAAAGAUUGCAAGUUCAACUGUCACAAGAGAUGCGCCGACAAAGUUCCCCGAGACUGCUCGGGGGAGGUCAACGGAGAAGGAACAUCCAGUCCCAUCCUGGACGCCGAGUCCACCUCGGAGGUGCACAACGGAGACGUCAACGAACAGGAGCGAGGGGCGGCGUCGGAGGACCGCAAUGACGACGAUGGGACGACCAGCAGCAACAUCCCCCUCAUGCGAGUGGUCCAGUCCAUCAAACACGCUAAGCGGAGAAGCUCCACUGUGGUCAAAGAAGGUUGGAUGGUCCACUACACCAGUCAUGACAACAUGAGGAAGCGACAUUUCUGGUGUCUGGACUGCAAAAGUCUUACACUCUUCCAGAACCACAGCGGAGCUAAGUUCUACAAGGAGAUGUCGCUGUCCGCGAUCCUGCGCGUGGAGGCCACGCAGGAAGCGGCCGGCCCGACGGCGGGCAGCAGCCCCCCGUGCUUCCGCUUGGUGGUGGCGUCCGGCGCCGUCUAUUACGUCGGCGAGGACGACGGCGGCGCGUCUCGGGAAACGGGCCGCAGCUGGGAGAAGGCCAUCCGCCGGGCCAUGAUGCCCCUCACGGCCAAAGGCACCGGGAAGGGGCGGGACCACGAGGAGCUCGCCAUCAGCAUAUCAGUUUGCAACUCGCAGAUCCAAGAGAACGUGGAUAUCAGCUCCGUCUAUCAAAUCUUUUCUGACGACGUUCUCGGCUCAGGACAAUUUGGUGUCGUCUAUGGAGGUCAGCACAGGAAGAGCGGUCGCGACGUGGCCAUCAAGAUCAUCGACAAGAUGAAAUUCCCCACCAAGCAGGAGAGUCAGCUGCGCAACGAGGUGGCCAUCUUGCAGAAGCUGCGGCACCCCGGCGUGGUAAACCUGGACUGCAUGUUCGAGACCCCCGAGCGGGUCUUUGUGGUCAUGGAGAAGCUUCACGGUGACAUGUUGGAGAUGAUCCUGUCCAGUGAGAAGAGCCGUCUGCCUGAGCGUCUGGCCAAGUUCUUGGUGACGCAGAUCUUGGUGGCCCUCAGACAUCUCCAUUUCAAGAACAUCGUCCACUGUGACCUGAAGCCUGAAAACGUGCUCCUAGCCUCGGCGGAACCUUUGCCUCAGGUGAAGCUGUGCGACUUUGGCUUCGCCCGCAUCAUCGGCGAAAAGUCCUUCCGGCGCUCGGUGGUGGGAACGCCGGCCUACCUGGCGCCGGAGGUUCUCUGCAACAAAGGCUACAACCGCUCGCUGGACAUGUGGUCGGUGGGCGUCAUCAUCUACGUCAGCCUGAGCGGAACCUUCCCUUUCAACGAGGACGAGGACAUCGACGAGCAGAUCCACAACGCUGCCUUCAUGUACCCGCCCAGUCCCUGGAAGGAGAUCUCAGGGGAUGCGACGGACUUGAUCAACAACCUGCUGCAGGUAAAGCUGAGGAAGCGCUACAGCGUGGACAAGUCCCUCAGUCACCCCUGGCUGCAGGACUACGACACGUGGAAAGACCUUCGGGAUUUGGAGACGCGGCACGGCGACCGCUACAUCACGCACCAGAGCGACGAUGCACGUUGGGAGGGAUUUGCUGGCCACCAGGAGGAGCCCUAGUCGUUUGGAAUCCAAGG